AUGAAGCUGUGGAAAUCGAAGAAAAGUGUCACCACCGCAUCCAGCAACGGCACGACGAGCUGUGUAUCCAGCUCGGGCGGUACGCUUAAGAAUGGUGGUAGCAUGCUGUCGAAAACGUGCAAGUUUAGCAACAGCAGCAGCAGCAACAGCAGCGGCAGCAAUCAAAGUAGCGGCAGCAGCCACAGCAACGGGCACAGCAGCAGCGCGCUCGAUGACAGCAGUGCCGAAACAUCCUUCAUCAACCAGGGCGGCAACAUACAGCCGGCCGGUGGACCGCUGGCGGCGGGCGGUGGUAUUGGUGUGGUUUCCGCCAUGGUUCAGCACUCAACCGGAAACAUGUUUUCGGCGAGUGAUCGCGCUAUGAGUCCAGCACAAUCGGAAGAUUCGGGACUGGCUGCAGAUCGUGGCACAACGUACGCAACGAUUUCGGUGCCACGCGACAACGGACAAAUCGGAAUCGUCUUAGCAGAGCGCAGUGAUCUCUCCUUUCCACCGAUGGUGGAAUCUAUCAAUGGUCCGGUAGCCGAUCUGCUAGCACCCGGCGACCGCAUCCACCAGGUCGACGGUGUAUCAACGAUCGGGUUGACAAACCAGCACAUCUUCAGCAUACUGUGCCACGGCGAGGGUCCAGCAAUCAUCGAGAUAGAGUAUUCGUUCCCCGAGUACAUUUCACAGAACAGUCUCUGCGUGACGACGAAGAUCGCCCAGAUUACGGUGGAGCGGGAGAAUGGCUGCUUGGGGCUGACGCUUCGUGGUGGCGGCGAGUACCCGCUGGUCGUGACGAACGUGCGCAUGAAUGGGCCAGUGUUUAAGACGGGCCAAAUCAAACCGGGCGAUCGUGUGCUGCGUGUGGACAAUGUUUCUCUGCUGAAUAAGAGCCUUGCCGAGGCGCAACACAUACUGAAGGAUGUGCACGUAUCGGGCUACACCAACCUCACGAUCGAGUACGACGUUUCGGUGAUGCAGACGGUUGAGCUGAGCAUGGGACCGUUGCUGUUGGAGAUCGAGCGACCGCUCAAUGAGAAGCUGGGCUUGAUACUGAGCAACUACUCUAGCGCGGUUAACCUGAACGAUAUCUACCACAGUAGCUACAAACUGAAUGAGGUGCAACCGGAUGGAAUCUUCAUAGCCAGUAUAUUACCCGCCAGCAUUGCCGACAGAUGUGGUGCCCUAACCGUUGGAGAUCAAAUACUAUCGAUAGACGAAAAUGUGGUCGAUAAUGGUGUGUGUUCGCUGGAGGAGGCCACCGCACUGUUGGAUGCGAACUGCAUUAAGGGUUACACCCAAUUGCACAUACUUCCUGCCCAUAUGUUUGUUCGACGUAGAGGCAUUUCGUGCUCCAGUCCCCGUUACGGCUUCAACACGGUCGACUCGCGUAAAAAUCUCGCAAGCAACAAGCAUAGACGAUUGCUGCGCAAGAGCUCACUGCCGCAAACAACCGAAGAUGGGCUGCUGCACCCGACCGUCGGUCUGUGCCGGGCGGAAAAGAUCCACAUCAUACUGGACUGUUCGCAAGGUUCCGGCAUCUGUCUCGGUCCGAAAAGCCCGUGCGGGCGGGGUUUUGUGAUCGCCCAGAUCAUGCCCGACUCGGUGGCAGAGCGAUCCGGCUGCCUGCAGAAAGGGGACCGCAUCAUCGCAAUCAACAAGAUGUGCAACCUGGACGUGAAUGCGGUCCGGCAGAUACUGGGCGACUUCGGCCCGGUGACGGUGGCGAACCAUUACCACAACCAAGCGCAAACGUCCAACUGGGUGGAGCUGGAGAUUGAGUUCGAUAUGGCCGACUCGGUUGUGCCUGCUAGUGGUGUGUUUAAUAUAAAGCUGCUGAAACAAAGCCGCUGCGGGCUCGGGAUUACCGUAAACGGUAAUGCGCACGGGUCGUUUAUUAUUUCGGAGGUAAAGCCGGGCAGUGCGGCCCACCGGACGGGUUCACUGCGGGCCGGCGAUCUGCUGAUGGCCGUUGAUAACCGUCCCCUGCAGCACUACAAUCUGGAUCUGCUGCUGAAGGAAAGCAAGAACGAGUUCAUCACGCUGACGGUGAAGCGCAACUCGUUGCCAGAUUUCUUAUUCGACGCUCAGCAAAAGUCAACCGGCAUCUAUGGCAGUACAGAGGACAGUGCGUUUGCGUACGGAACCAGAUACACUGAUGCGACGAUGCUCAAGAUGAACAACAAUACAGAGUCAUACCAGAUGGAUGAUCAGCUCCGGCGCCCUGUGUGGUCUAACACGCCUUCCUACGAUGGGGUUGGUACGAGCCAAAGUACCGGUACGCUGAAAGCUCCUGCACAGUCGGGCGGAAGCACAGAGCACCUACCGCUGCCACCGGCCCACCUGCUCAGCGUGGAUAGUGAACCUGCCGAGGAGCGGUACGACGACAUUAUGCACUACAAGAUGGUUUCGAUGAACAUUAGCAACACAAACUACGUCGGUUUUGGCAGUGCCUCCACUGCGUCACCCGAUAACACAAUUUCCUAUGCCAACGAACAGCCCCCAGCACCGCCACAACUCCCUGCAGCGCCGGAGGAACCAAGGCAACAUGUAUUUACCGUCCGCUUGGAACCCAACGGUGGUCCACUCGGCAUAACGCUCGCCGCAAGUGAGGAUCUGCAAAAGCCCAUCAAGAUCAGCGCGGUUGCGGAUGGUGGCGUCGCGCACAGCGUUGGCCAGCUGCAGGUGGGCGACUGUCUGCUGGCAAUCAAUGGCGAAAGUGUUAGCGGGGUGCCGCUCACCACUGCCACCAAAUUGUUGCAAAAGUUCGAGCACGUUGUUGAUCUGCAGGUAGCGCGAUCGGAACCGGUGAGCGGGCUAAACACGCCGGACCGGGCCGCGUCGACGGCCGUGUACGCGAAGGUGCAGCGCAGACCCCGCAGCCCGUCGAUAAACGAUGCCGCAUCGAGCAACUCGUUCGGGCAGGGUUCGCACGCCAACUUCCAGACGAUGCACGUGACGCUGUUCAAGGAUCGGGUGUACGACGAUUACGGUUUUUCGGUGUCGGAUGGGCUGUACGAGCGGGGCGUUUACAUCAACCGCAUUCGGUCCGGCGGUCCGGCCGACCUGGCCGGUCUGCUGAGACCAUUCGAUCGUAUUAUACAGGUAAACGGAACAAAAACGCAGGAUUUCGACUGCUGCCUCACGGUGCCAUUAAUAGCUGCAGCGGGUGACAAGAUCGAGCUUGCCAUACAGCGCACCCACUCGGAGUAG